UUCUAUCUCGCUGCUUUAAUGUUGUGAAUAUCAAGUUAAUUGUUAUAUCUGAGGUAAUUGUUAUAUGAUUUGGGUUACCGAUCAAAUUAGAUAGUCGGGUAGUACAGGACGUGUCCUAGGAGUUGCAGAAGACAUUAAUUACUUGAUUUUUCUGCAACAUCAGAACUUUUGCUCGAGCCCUCAAUCUUCAGAACUUUUGCACAAUCAGAGUUUCUAGAGGAUUCUAGAUUUAUGUCUAGAAUGGGCAAUUCCAAAAAUUUGAGGUUUUGGAAGACUACCAUGCAUACGUAUACCAACAGUCAGUUUCUUGGGUUGUUUCGAUAUCUUCUUUUGUAUUGAUUAAGGGCGUCUUUUGAUGAGCAUCUUAGGAUUCUUGGUGUGCGCCAUUUUUUUUUUUUAUCUUUUUUUUUAUAAUGGCAGAUCAUACACAUCGGCCCCUAAAGUCAAAAAGAAUAAGAGAGUACAAAAGAGAUGGAACUGAGACCUAGUUGUCACAAAUAAAACUUCCACUACAAAGAAUGCUACCUAGUGGGUAGGCUAUUGCUUCUCGACAUUUGUAGACUACGGCAGGAGUGUGGCACCCUUCAGGCCACACACACCUACCAGAAAGCGAAUGGUGCAGUGGAUUAAGUUGCCUCUUCUGGGGCUCACCACUCCAGAGGUUUCGUUAGGCUGGAGCAUGCCAGAGUGCCGGAUUCUUUAUCUGCUUUGUUGUUUUCUGAUUUUAUUGGCCACAUCCACAUCCGUAGGGUAUGAACUGCCGUUGUACUAAAAAAAGAAAAUGCCACCUAGUCCGCUGCACUGUUUGUCUCUCUAAAAGUAUAAGUAACUUGAUGGGAGACACACUUACUCAAGAGGGCGAAUGUUGUGAAUCAUGCGAACAUGUACCAUUAUAUUUGCUAAACUAGCGUGGGGAUAUACAUAUAUAUUAAUGAUUUGUGUCGAUUUACUUUUGGCUAAUAUCCUACAAGACACUGAUAUGGAGUCCAUUUUUAGUAUUGUUGCCGCUAAAACUGCUUGUAAGUUGUAAAAGUGGGAAAGGUUCACCGUAUGGUAUAUCGAUACAGUAUAAGUCGAAGAGGGGGGUUGAAGUUAAUCCAGAUUUUCAGUUUAAUCUUAUCUCUUGGGAUUAAUUUUAUUUAGUGGAUUAGGUCUAUCAUUGUUUUUUAUCUUUAUCUAGUUGAUGAAGUCUAUCUAGAUCUCUUUUAGAUGUCUAUCUUUUAGUUGUUCGUAUCAUUUGUAAAGUCAUUACUAUAAAUACUAAUGGUUUUCAUUUGUACCAGUGUGGCCAAAGUUAACCGAAGUUUUUUUUCUAGUUCCUCCUCCAUGUGUUUGUGAGUUCACCCCAUCAAGAGAGAGGAGGGAGAGGAGGUUUGCCAAUUUUAGCUUGAAGUUGGCAAAUUAAUGUUAAAAAAAAAAAAAAAUUCUCUCUCUCUCAACCUCUUCUUCCUUCUCGUCUUUCUUGCCUAAUUUUUCGAUCCAAUGGAACAAAAUUGUGCUGGUUCAUCCUCGAUACGUUCGGGAUGUCUGAACGACUGCAGAUCUACCAUCAAACUCUGGUAUUGAUUGCUAGCUUCAAAGCCUAGAAGUUAAUCUUAUUCUUGGUUUACAUCUGCAAUUUUAUAGAAUUGCCAAGUUGUCAGCUUCCACAAAUAAUAUGUCACAUAAUUUAAUAAUAGUCCCAUAAAAUUUAAAAUAAUCCUUUCUCAUAAAAGUUUUGCGUUUUCUGUAUUUUUUAAUAAUUAAGCAAACCGUUUUCUGUAAUUUUUUCUUUGCUUUUUCCUCCCCAUUUUUUUUGUCUUGAAAAAACACCCCUGUCAAAUUCCUGGCAAAGCUAUGGCCGCGGUUGGAUUUUUUUUUUUUAACAAUUUUUCCUUUGCGUGUAUGGUCUUAAAGUUCUCGGUGAGUACCUACAGAAACAGCGACCAUGAUCAUUUACUGUAAGAGUAAGCACCAUAUUUACUGUUAGCGUAGUUCAGCCUUAGCCUCCCACCAACCUAUUUAUUACCUAUGACUGUAAUCGGUGUCGAUGUCAUCGUGAAAAAAAGCAAGUGAUGAUCUCAAAGCGUCAUGAGGAAGAUAAGUACAAGAGAAAAAGGAGAAAAGGAAAACAGAAAGAGCUCCUUUCUCUACCUCCCUCCUCCGCAGUCCGUUUCCAUCUUCCAAAGGACACAGGGAGAUAGAAAGAGAGAAAUAUAAUUCUCAAAAAAUUACAGAGAUCUCUACACCAGAAGCCCUAGAAGCCUUGAACCUCAGGAGAGGAGGAGAAAAGAGAGAGAGAGGAAGAAGGAAUUGAAUUAGAGGCAAUACUGGAUCGCACUCUUACUCUGAGGAUGGAAGGCUUGUCGCCGGCCUCUCCCCCGCGAAUCUUUUGGAAUUCUCGUAAGAGAUCAGCCGGAGGGCGGAGCUUGGAAAAUGUACUGAAGGAAGAGAGCCUCAAAACACCCAUCAAUCAAUCUAAGGAAUCGAGGAAGAUGGACGCCGCACCAGAUGACCAGCCCAAGGAAGAAACAGCAGAAGCCACCUUAUCCGAACGCCGUAGAGCUCUCUUUGAACCAUUAGAGCCCACCAUGGGUGGCUCCAAUGGCUGCCGCACCACGGCUGAAGUCCUACUCCCCCCACCUGACUUCGACUCCGCAUCAUACCCCAAGGGAUGGUUAGUCGGAAAGAAGCGGAAGCUUGUGAAUGUUGAUGUUGUGGAGAGCAUGCGGAGGAUCGCCAUUCAAGAGAUGAACAGAAAGGACAGGGAGAUUGAUGGGCUUAACGAGCAGCUGGAUGAGGACGCACGAUGCCUCGAGCACCUCCAAGUUCAGCUCCUGCAGGAACGGAGCAAACGGGCAGAGGUAGAGAGGGAGAAUGCCAUGCUUCAGGACCAGAUCUCCAUGCUCAUGAACAUGCUCGAAGAAGAGACCCAAGCUGCGGUAGAGCAAGCAGCUCCAACGAAUCCUUAGCGCCUGCAUGCCCCCUUCUGUCUGUUUGAAAUGCUUCCUGUUAUAUUCUGAUGAGAUGCGUAUCUAUAAAUUCCCAUCACUUGGAGAUGGAUGGAUAUCUCCUCUCACAUAUGCAGUGAUUACAUCCCUUCAUUCUCUAAUUCUUUUGGAUAGUGCCUAUGUAACUAUUAAAUACAUAUCUCAAUUCUUGUAAAUCCAACCAUCCAGUUCUCUUCU